CCCAGAAUUCAGUUUCAGAUCAGCAAUUAUUGGAUCUCUGAUCAUUUGCAGUUAGCGAUCAAGCACGAAUAUGGCGUUGGUCCCAGGCUUUUUCACUGGUCGUCGAACAAACGUGUUCGAUCCCUUCUCUCAUGACUUGUGGGAUCCUUUCGAAGGCAUCCCCUUCAACAACAACCUCCGUUCCCUCUCCGAUCGGGUCCGAUCAUCUGAAACAGCGUUGUUCGCGAACGCUAGUAUCGAUUGGAAGGAGACCGCAGAUGCACACGUGUUCAAGGCGGACGUGCCAGGGCUGAAAAAGGAGGAAGUAAAGGUUGAGAUCGAGGACGAUCGAGUGCUCCAGAUCAGUGGAGAGAGGAACAAAGAGAGUGAGGAUAAGGGCGAUACGUGGCACCGUGUGGAGAGGAGCAGCGGGAAGUUUAUGCGAAGGUUCAGGCUACCGGAUAACGCGAAGGUGGAUGAGGUGAAGGCGUCGAUGGAGAAUGGCGUGCUGACUGUUACUGUGCCGAAAGUGGAAAUGAAAAAACCUGAAGUGAAGUCGAUUAACAUAUCUGGGUGAAGACGAUUGGUGUUUCUCGAUGUUACGGUGGAAGUCUACUGGUCGAAUAAUGUGUAGUUGAGUUCGGUUCGUAUCGAUCCUCAUAUUCUGCAGUAUCUAUUAAUCGAAUGAUGUUUGUGUAGUAAUGUGUGAUUUAGGAUUAAUAAUCUGUCGUGUGUGCUCGUAUUUUUGGUGUAAAUAAAUGUUUGGAGAACAAUGCCCAAGAAACCCAUCCAAAUAAGCAUUUUUGUUACUCCAUCAAAUUAAAUUUCAAGCAUCACAAGUUAGAUUUUGUUUCAACUCCCAUAUGGUUUUAUUUAUAUAAAUGCAAUAAAUAAACUCAUACAUC